AAAACAACACAACAGAGAAAAACAUUUGGACUUCUAGAACGUCCAAGUUUUCCUCCACAGGCAGCUCCUGACCUCUUCCAGUACAAGAUAUUUGUAGCAGGGAAAUCAGGUGUUGGCAAGUCAAGUAUGGUUGCAAAUCUGACAGGGCAUCCAGUGUCCCGAUCCCAUAUAGAAACUGCUGGUAUUCAGACCUACACAGUGUAUUGGCCAGCAAAGCUUAUAGAAAUAGACAAAGUCAUCAUGUUUCAACUUCAGUUCUGGGAUGCAGGAGAAAAUGCAAUCAAAAAGUUUGACCACAUCUUACCUGCAUGUAAAGACCGCAAUGAUGCAGUUCUCUUGACAUUCUCUUUCACAGACAAGUCCAG